AUGGUCACUUCUGAAAAGGACAUCUGGACAGCAUCAGAUGUAAACAUUCAUGAGACCUUAACUCCCCUUGAUCAUUCAAUCCUUUUCUUGGAUGGUCGUGCUUUGGAGAGUAUAGUCGGGCAUCCUGAUUUCAUAAUAGAAAAGGAGAGUCUUGAAGGGUCGUUUGUUUGUUCUAAUGAUGACCCUAUAAACCAAACCUAUGGCUAUAUGUGUACCAAUAGUUUGAGAUAUGGUGUUUUAUCAACAUAUGAUCAAACUUGGUUCUUGAAAAGGGGAAUAGAAAAAGUAGAGGAUGAAGACUACGGGUGUUACAAGUAUCAAACACUAUUAUGA